UAUUGAGCAUGCGCAUUGCGGCGUCUAAGAUUCGUGAAAUCUGUUGUGGAAGAACGAAAAGAUCGAAGAACAGAGCGUCGAUGAGCAAAACAUAGUGGAUAGACUUCAAAAUGGAGCACAAAUAAGAAAGCUGAACCAUCAUAUUUAUAUCUUAUCAUUUUUCCAAGUUAUACAAGUCCGUAAUCGUGGUGUAGAUGGGGACGAGAUGGGUCUACUUUUUGCCAAGUUUUUCAGUUGGUUCAGCAAUGAAGAACACAAAGUAAUCAUAGUGGGUUUAGACAAUGCAGGGAAGACAACCAUCCUUUAUCAAUUUUUAAUGAAUGAAGUAGUCCACACUUCACCAACAAUUGGAAGCAAUGUAGAAGAGAUUGUAUGGAAGAAUAUUCAUUUUAUUAUGUGGGAUAUUGGAGGACAAGAGUCUCUUCGUUCAGCAUGGAAUACAUAUUACACUAAUACAGAGUUUUUAAUUUUAGUUAUAGAUAGCACAGACAGAGAAAGGCUUGCCAUUUCAAAGGCAGAGCUCUACCAAAUGCUUGCCAAUGAGGAACUCAAGCAAGCAGCUUUAUUAAUUCUUGCCAAUAAGCAAGAUAUCAAAGGAUCCAUGUCAGUAGCAGAAAUAUCUGAACAGCUUAAUUUAGCAUGUAUCAAAGACCAUGGUUGGCAUAUACAGGCUUGCUGUGCUUUGACUGGGGAGGGAUUGUAUCAAGGUCUAGAAUGGAUAACUACACAACUUAGAAAAUAGAUUUUGCAAUUAUACAUCUAUUUUUAUGAUUUUUGUUUUUGCUAUUAUGCUAUGGUAAGAGUAGCCCCUGCAUGAUAACAGAUAAGAUGGUAAUCAAAUGACUUUCUUUCAUUUAGAAUACUAGGUAUAUAGUAUUGCUGGCAUCUGUAGAUAGCUCUUUACCUAUGGGAGGGAAGGGGGUAGUUUCGAGUUUUUUUUUUUUUUUUUUUUUUUUUUUUUUUGUACGGGGAUGCAUGUCUUACCAAAUUUAAAGCUAAAAUCAAGGGAUUUUUGUGUGACAGAGUUUUUUUUUUGCCUUUUUGGUCAGAUUCUGUCAUCAAGGACUCGUCUGGUAAUGCACUCUUUCAAAAUUGGUAAAUUUAAAGAAGACGUUUGGGCAUGACAGGCCGGUAAUAAGGGGGUUUGAAGAACCAUCCACGGAACGGCGAGUCAAAUGUUGAAAGAAAUUGUUCUUCUAAAUAGGUCGUGGAUUUCUUAGACAAGUAUCGCUGUACUGAAAUCUUAUGAAUAGCUUGGAUUCUUUUCAUACAGUAGAUAUAUAUAUAUAUUUUUCUUUCUAAUAUACAAUGUAAUAUUCUAAGUGGGAUUCCAGCUUAUUCAGCCUGCUUAUUUUCUACUCUACACUACGUAGAAAAUAAGCCAGCUGAACUACGCUACACUACACACGGUUUGGCUGUAGUAAAAACUGCCCUGUCCUUGAGAAUCAUUGAAGUAAUACUGUAAGAUGGGGCUUCUAUAUUUACUUGAUUAUGACUCACACUUACUUUUCAUCUUCAUGGAAAACCAAUUCCAAAAUAAUCCCUUUUGGGGCGUGGCCAAGGUCCCAUACCAAAGUGGAGGGGACUGGAACUAUGGCUACGCUUUGUAUUUUAUUCCACGUCGACAUUAUAGUACUUUUAUUUAAAUACCGUAGAAAUGAUUGAGGAGCAAGUGCUUUUCUCUUUUGUAGCAAUAAGAUAAGCACAUCCUGAACUAUAUCGAGAAUAUCACUGGUUCUACAAGCAUAGAAGAUAUUUUCUCGCUUUGCUGGCCACUCCUUUUAUACUGAGUUGACCUUAAAAAUAGCAUACAAAUCAGUAUUUUAAACGAAAUAUAAAAUGAUGAUUAAAGAUUUUGAUCGUGUAAA